GUUCGGUGGCCCGUCGGCCGUCGUCCUGUCACACACACUGUUUACGGAGCGUAGACUAACGGUUUUCGCAUCCUAAAAAAUUUCAUACGAGUCAACGAAAAACACGCGUACGUCCAUCCCCGUCUUUCCGUUCGCGUGGCCCGUACCGUCGCGGCGAGGAGCCCGCGUGAGCCCCGCGGAUCGUGCGCGAUGCCUCGUACGACCGUCGCCGUUGAACCGAACGAGCCGCGGUGAUCCAGAUUCUGGGACAUGUGCAUCGCGGACGGCACGCGUCGCGGUGAGGUGAUCGAUAUUCGAUAACGGUCGCGCGUCAUCGCUCGGCGUGUGUUGCGGCGUGCUUCGACGUCAAGAGGAUGGCCAGCCGGGACCCGUCGGUCUCCGCCAAAAUCGCGGACGACCACAGCGUCGAGACGUUGGCAGAAGUUUUCCGAUGUUUCAUUUGUAUGGAAAAGCUGAGAGAUGCACAUCUCUGCCCUCACUGCAGCAAAUUGUGUUGCUAUACCUGUAUUAGAAGAUGGCUCACCGAACAGCGCUCUCAGUGUCCUCACUGCCGCGCUUCUCUUCACUUGCACGAAUUAGUAAAUUGCCGUUGGGUCGAGGAAGUGACCCAGCAGCUUGAUACACUGCAAGCUGUUUGCAUAUCUAACUUUCGGCACGACGAUUCUAGCAGAGACAGAUGUGCAACGCAUCAGGAAAAAUUAUCUGUAUACUGCUGGACCUGCCGCAAGUGUAUUUGUCAUCAGUGCGCCCUUUGGGGAGGCACCCACUCGGGCCAUACCUUUAAACCUUUAGAAGAUGUUUAUGAUCAACAUGUUUCUCAGAUAAAAGCGGAAGUAGGUCAAUUGAAUAGACGACUCAUGGAAUUGAUCAGCCUCGUUCAAGAAGUGGAGAGAAACGUUGAAUCAGUGAGAGCUGCGAAGGACGAGAGAGUCAGGGAGAUCAGAAACGCGAUAGAAUUAAUGAUAGCUCGUCUGGAUUCUCAGUUGAAAGCCAAACUGCUGACCCUGAUGGGCCAGAAGAAUUCGUUGACUUUGGAAACCGAGCAGUUAGAAGCUCUGUUACAAGAGGUGGAAUAUCAAUUGCAUACCUGUACGCGUUCUGAGUUGAUUGUUAAGAGCGCCGAGCUUUCUCGCAAGAUACAUCAGGUUCGUAAAAAGCCAAUGACGAGUUUCGUCACUGCGCCAGUACCAGCCGACUUUCAUAGUGAAAUUGUACCAGGUUACGACAGCGCGACAUUUGCCAUGCAAAAUUUUACUCAGCUUCAACUGAAAGCUGACCCAGUGUAUUCUGCGCCAUUACACGUGAACGGACUGUGCUGGCGAUUGAAAGUAUAUCCGGAUGGCAAUGGAGUUGUACGCGGAAAUUAUUUGUCAGUAUUUUUAGAACUCAGCGCUGGAUUGCCAGAGACUUCGAAAUACGAGUACAGAGUUGAAAUGAUUCAUCAAGGUUCGCGUGAUACGAGUAAAAAUAUCGUUCGUGAAUUUGCAUCCGACUUUGAAAUUGGCGAAUGUUGGGGAUACAACAGAUUCUUUCGGUUAGACUUACUCGCGACGGAAGGUUACUUAAAUACAGAAUUGGAUACUCUCAUAUUGAGAUUCCAAGUACGACCACCAACAUUUUAUCAACGCUGUAGAGAUCAACAGUGGUACAUUAGCCAAUUAUUGACAGUUCAAAAUCAAUACAUCACUCAAAUUAAUGAAUUAAAGGAGAGACUAGCGAUAGAAAUUUCUCGCAAUGCCAUGGCGGCUACCAGAGCUACUAAUGGAACUAGUGGAACGAUAUGCGGAGCAACUGUAAAUGCAUCGUCGUUAUCUACGCAGCAACAGCAGCAGCAACAACAAGAUGUAGGCGACUCAAUGACCAAUUCAAAUACUACACGAACAAUUGAUACGUAUCCCACUUCGAAUGGAACACCAGUGAGAUCGAUACCAAGUACGCUUCCUAGUAAUGGCAACUCGACGAUACCAAGCGAUCAACUGAUGCCGAUGUGCGAGCUGAGCGAGCUCACGGGUAUGCAUACCCUCAGCUCUACGUCGAUCCUGUCAUCGAAGACACCGUUGAAAGCGCAUCGUCCCAACAGCAAUCUGAACGUUAUCGAGACCGAGGGCACGUCAUCGCCACGUCGCGCCAACGACAUGUCUCUAAGGGAUUGCCAAGCCGCGGGAAUUCACUUGGCUUCCUCGUCGUCACCCUAUUCGUCGCCUAACGUACUCGGUCAUCAGUCGCUGAAUCUGUUGUCCAAUAAUAGCGCCAGCGAUCCCCUGCUGUCUUCAUCGGUAUUAACGUCGAUGACGAGCAACGCGCAUCGAGUUAACGGCUCAAACGUUGUGGAAAGCGAAGCCGCGCAACGUUGCACCAAUGAUGCAUCGCCGGGAGAGUGCCAGACUGCCAACACCGGUGUCCACUCCCCAUCGUUCUACUUGUCUCCGACCGGUUUAAAUCUCUCGUCCAGUAGCAGCAGCAGCAGCAGCGACAGUGGCGAAUUGAGCGAGCACGACAUUUACAUGGACGAAUGCGAGCACAACGAGCCUAACAUCACGCUUUUGGAUUUGACGAAUGAUGAAAACGAUGUGGACGACGAGACGAUGUCAGGAGAGAAUGACGUUGAAGUGGCGGAAUCUCUUGCCUCUUGGGUUCAAAAUAAACAGCGUACAAAACAACAAAAUAAUAGGGAUGCCGAUGCUUGCAGGUUGAGGCAAAUAAUGCUGCUGCAAUUGUUCGAGAUGCAGGACAGGAACGCGACGUGGAACUCAUUAUGUCUUAGUCAACAAGCGGACGGGAACUGCGAUUCUAGGGGCACGCUCGCGAAUCUACGACGUCACAGUUCCAGUCCGUUGCACUGCAACGCUCCGGCGCAAUCCGCCGCAACUGCGGUGUACUCGCACAAGCACCCUGAGCUCGACACUGCCGUUUGCAAUGAUUUAAAUUUAAGCACCGACAACAAGCAUCCUAAUUGCGCCUUCCAUUCCCAACCGCAAAUGCUUUGCGGCGCUAAGGCCAAAUUGAGCCGAUUGCCGAGCAUCUGCCAGUCGGAUCUAGCCGUGACGAUGGCUUCCGGCAGUCAAAUAACCAGAUCCGAACCAGCGACGCGUUCCAAUUCGAUAGACUGCGAAAACGAUAUCCCGAAGCUGCCACUAGCUAAUAAAGUCAAUCAUGACGUGGAAUCGUCUAGAUUGCGUCUAGAUCUCAUAGUGCCAAACGUGCUCCUAGACAGUAAUAAAAUCAUGUCAAAGCAUUUAUUGUCUCGGCGCCAAUCAUCCCCGAGCUCGUCUACUAGCUUGAAUUUAAUAAGUGAUAAUAGCAAGAUAUUCGAGUUCGAACAAUUAUUCGAAGGUAUUCAAUUGUCGCCGGGCUCGCAGAAAGAUGCAACCACAUGUGGUGCAAAAUCCAGGAAAAACGCUUUGUCCGACACAAAGAAUAACGCUUGCACUACCAGUGGAAGUUCCGUCGCACUCUCAAUGGCGCAAGAGAGUACAUCAUCACCUACAAACACUGCUAUAACAGUAGACAGUAUUCCUAGUCCUAACAGUUACAGCUGGUCACCAGCAUUAUAUCAGCACACUCACGGACAAAAAGCUGUUUUAGACAUAGCUGUACAAGGUUCUUCAAAUAAUACUAGUAAGAUUAUUGAUAAGUCCAUAGAGGAAGCCGCCAGUUUGCCGUAAUAAUUUAUAUGACUUAAAUAACUAUAACAUAGCAGUUGUUCUGUGAUUUCCAUUUCAUCAAAUGUUAAUGAUAAUCACGAAAUUGAGAGAGAAAGUAAUAAUAUUAUUCUAUCAAACAGAAUUCUAGGACGCAUACACAUUUACAUUGUACGUUUUACUUUCCUCAUUUCUCAAAAAUCAACAAGAUAUCUCUCGAUUACACAUUAUAGAGUACAAAAUCUAACAAUACAUGACUGCUCCAUUUUCAGCUGCUUACUACGCGUAUGCAAGAUUAUUAUCUUUAAAGUUGCAUUCCAAGAAGUGUGUAGGAUAAGAUGGUUUAGAAUAUAUUAUUUAAUAUUAUUUAUUUCUUACAUAUGGUUACACAUCCAGAAAGAACAAUAAAUAAAGAUUAGUAAUAAAUUA